AUGCCCGAACCCACUGUCCCUGCGAUUAGGAAGGAUUUGCGGCCUCUCAAGCAAGACUUCUCUGUGCACCUUGAGCGAAUCGAAUCAAACGACCACUUCUUUUGCUACACGUCUCCACUGCAACUCAAAAAGCGAUAUGUUAGAUUCAAUGUUCCAGCUCUGCAGCAGAUUGCUGGUCGUAUAGCCAGCAGCCGGUGUGUCGAAAUGACGAAAAUACCUGAGGGGCUAUACAAUAAGGUGUUCUCUUUGAGAAUGGAGAAUGACAGGGAGAUCCUGGCCAGAAUUCCAAACCCCAAUGCUGGUCAUCCCCAGCAUGUUGUUGCCAGCGAAGUCGCAACACUAAAUUUUCUUCGCAACGUCCUCGAUAUCCCGGUUCCCAGAGUUCUUUCCUGGAGCUCCCCGUCACAACCUAACACGGUGGGUGCAGAAUAUAUCCUCAUGGAAAGAGUCGAAGGGCACCAGUUAAGUGAGGUUUGGGAUGCCAUGUCUGAAGCUCAACGCUUCGGUCUGGUGAAAAGCCUGGUGCAAAUUGAGCAAAAGCUUGUGGAUAUGAAGUUUGCGCUCCAUGGCAGCUUGUACUAUAAAGGUACAUGCUGUCAUGGCAGAAAUGUCGUUGAUCCCACUGAACCGGCAAAGGAGGUUAUAUCAGAUUUUGUCAUCGGUCCAACAACCCAGCGAUCCUUUUGGGAAGACGAAAAAGGAGAAUUAGAUAUUGAUCGGGGGUCAUGGGAGACUGCCCAGGAAUACCUUUCAUCCGUCGCCAACCGCGAGAUAGCCGGACGUGAUGAACAUGUACAUCUUCUUGAACAGUUUCUAAGAGUGCUGCCUCACAUACUACCACCACAAGAAACUCUUCGUCCCGUUCUGCUGCACCAUGAUCUUCAUUCGGACAAUAUAUUUGUUGAUUCCUCAGACCCAACGAAAAUAUCGAGCAUUAUUGAUUGGCAGGCAGUCUACACUGCCCCGCUCUUUAUGCAAGCAAAAUUUCCUUCGAUCUUUGAUUGCGAUGACCCCUAUCCAUGGGGUGCUGUUCAGCCUAAGUUACCGAAAGAUUUCGAUAGCCUCUCGCAAUCAGCGAAAGGGUUGGCUGAAGACACACUUGCCAGGCUUAGGCUGAAAAAGUUCUACAAAUUGGCCUCGAGGAAAUUCAACCAGCCUCUCGUCAUGGCCAUGGAUGCCAUGAGAAAUGAUGAUGAUCCCAUUACUUUCGUAUUUCAUAUUGUUGGACAAUCUUCUCAGGACGGCCCAAUCCCACUCAAGGAGCUCCUCAUACAAAUAUACGAGACAUGGGAUCAAAUCAUGGAGCACCGAGGCUCCGCGAUUCCAUGCCCUAUUUCUUUCUCAAAAGACGAAAUUGACAAAAGCCGACGACUGGUAACAGAAUGGGUGGACGCAUAUGGCGAACUUGACAGCCUGCGAGCGAAGAUCGUUGGUAAAGAUGGCUGGGUUUCACAUGAAGAAUACGAUGAAGCCAUGCGCAGGUGGGAUAGCAAGAAACCCACAUUAGAAUUUCUUCAAGAACGACUAGAUAAGUUGCUGCUACAGUAA